CUCAAGUCCUUUCAGCAAAACCAUUCUUUUAGAUAUCACUUUUGAAAUUUUAGUCAUGCCAUGCAAAAUUUUAUUUUGUCACAUCAGAAUUCCCCUUUUAGAAUGACAAGGGGCGCACGACUUAGACCUUGGAGGACGCAGCGGGACAUUUCGCCCUUAACGCAGACAUCAAAGUUUAUUAUUUUCUCAUGGACCUAGACAUGUGGUACUCCAGAUCAGAUUUUACAGCCCAGUCUUCAGCAUGGAGUGGUUUGGCAACUGUCUCUGGACCAGAGUUCAUGUCAAAAGGCAGCUCCAGCAACAGCGCUGGUGGCUUCAGAAGGAGCGACCCAGGUCUGAGGAGGUGGCAGUCAAUGUACCAUCUGGAGCCGGAGAGUCCUCCAAAGUCUUUUUCACCUGCAGGGGCAGAAUUAUGGAUUGGUCGGGGUAAAAGACGCUUCGAACAAGCAGAAGGGGUGCCGUGGCUCCAGAGUGCUCAGGAAUGGCUGAAUACUAAACCGGACUGGCUGAGGACCAGAGAAAUUACACCGGGCUACAACAAAACGAUGGCACAGAUGCUCGACAUGGAACAAAAGGAGAAGAAUAAUUUUACCACAGAGGUAAGCAUCCUGAGGGAGGCCUUGAAAGAUGCUGAGGCGAGGGCCACAAAUCUUCAAGAAGAACGAAACAAAGCUCUCCAGGAUCUUCAGACCUCUGCAGAGAUGCAGAAGAUGGUGAUCAGUCAGAUGGAGGAGAUGAAAAAGAGAGUCAGUGAUGCCACACAGGGUCACUCUGAGGUGCAGAGACUGUUGAGAGAAGCCAACAGCCAGAUCAGCCAAGCUUGUCUGGACAAAGCUGUCUUAUCAACACAAGUGCUGAAGUUGGAAGAUAAUGUAAAAGAGUUAAAUACCAAACUGACUGAUGCUCUAUCUGUUGAAGAUGAUUUGAAAAAGAAGAAAGAAGACCUCCUUCACAAGGUCCAGGAACUGGAAGUGCAGCUGAACAAAACCAGACAAGGCCCACAGAGCUUUGAGAUCCAUGAUAUCUUCAGUCAUCCAGAGUAUCUGAAGGAGACCAGGAAGAUGAAUGAGAACUCAAAGGUAAAUGAACAACUGAGACGAGAACUUGAACUGAUCAUGAAACAGCUGGCUGCGUCACAACAACAGCUGCAGGAGUUAAAUGAGGAGAGAGACAAAAACUUAAGACAGAUUACAGAUCUGAAAGCAGAGCGCUCUCAGCUGCUCAGAGAAAAGGAGGAACUCCUAAGUAAAAGAAACCAAGGUGGACAUGAUGCAUUAAAUGAGCCAAAGGAAAACAGCUGCCAGCACAGUGCAUCUGUAGAAGAUUUUGAGUUAGAAAAUCAGAAACUGCGGAAUCAGUGUCUCCGUUUGGAAGAAACGCUCAGAGAGAAGAAGGAGAAACUGCAGCUACAAGAGGAAACGUAUCACAACAAGGAUAAAAUGAGAAUCCUGCGCAUUAAAGAAUUAGAAGACAUGGCCUCACACUGGACAGAAAAAUGGCAAAAGGUUGCUUUGACCCUUCAGUCCACACAAGAUGAGUUAGAAGAACUCAAGACAAACUACACCAUUUCUAAAACAGGCUCUGAGUCCUUGCUGAGGUCCAGGUUUGAGGCUUGUAAACAGCAAGAAGGUGGUGAUUUGGUGCAGACUUUUGACAAAGAGACGCAGACAGACUUUUCAGAAUCCUUUUUUACAUGUGAGCCCCCAUCAGAUUCCCCAUGUAACGGAAACAAAUCUCCUCAGAUGUGGAGGCAAAGUGGUGAGGUAGAGAGGCUGAAGCAAAAACUUGCAGAAACAGAAAGGGAAGUGACUGAGAGAGAGCAUGAUUUGAGGACUCUGGAACGCUUGAGAGAGAUGGAAAGAACUGAGGCUCAAAUUUGGAUUUCAGCUCUGAAGCUCAAGCUCUUGAAAAAGGUAUCUGGAGAUUGUCAUAAUGUUUGGACAGAUGUGUCAAACCCUGCCUCAAUACAUGAGCAGCAAGAGUCCAGGGAGAGGUCAGAGAAGACGCAGCAGCUGAAUUCCCCAGUGCUCCACAAGCAUCCAACUAAGAGGCAGACGUUUUCCCUGGGUAAAAAUGAGAAACCAUGUGUUCAAGACAAGAAGAAUAAAACCAUCUGUCCUGUUAAUCCAGAGGUGGAGCAGCAAAGAAAAAUGGUCACUGAGCAGUUAAAGAGCUUGUUUAAGGAUCGAGAAGGAAAGGAGGCACGAAGAUCUGCUGACUCACAAGCAGCCGCUCAGAGUGGAUCCUCCUCACCUCAGGACUGGACUCCCACAUCUUUAGUUGUGAGGGCUGAAGCAGACAGGAGAAACUGGCAGCAGGGCUCAGCUUUAAUGCCGGUGUUGGAGGAGGAUGAGGAGAACAGUGACUGGGCAGGAGUGGAAGAGGGGGAUGCAUAAAGGGAAACCCAUACUGAGGUCAUACUGAA